AUGCCUGUCCUUGCAGCCGAAGAGGAGGACGAAAGUCAUCGCACGGCGUCUGGCUUGACUACACACCCCUUCGACAGCAAUGAGAACGGCUUGCCAGCUGAAGAUCGUGGGACAGUCCAAGAAGACCACUUGCCGGAGCCAGCGAGUGCAUAUCCGAACUACGACUUGCACAGUGCUGUCGAGUAUCAGCCGCUCCCUUUGCCGAAGGCUUUCAGCCCUGAGGAACCAGAAAGGCCUGCUUUAGGAGAAGCAGCAAAGGAGACAUGUGAUCUUUGUCCAACCUACCGGGCAGCCUCAUUUUGCUUGCCAGCGGGGUCAUGUACGACCCUAGGUUCCGAGUCAGAAGAACCCAGUCUUGAAGACACAACUACCGCGACACAGUCGCAGCUGACAUCUGGCGGAUCGGAUGCCUCGAGUGCAGCGAUGGAGGACUUCAGCCACUUCGAGACCCCACUAGACAGUCAGGCCGACUCGUGGUCUGGUGACUCCCCAGAAGACGUGAAGUGUCUGCAAGACUUGACAGAGGCGCCACCGUCUCGUGACGUGUCCGUUUGUGACGAGGCCAUUUUUGAGGAAACGACUACCGGGACAACACAGGCGCAGCUGAAAUCUGGAGAAUCGGCCCCGAGUUCGGUGACUGAGGAGACUGGCCAUUUUGAGACGACAGCAGACAGUCAGGUGCUCGCUUGUGACGAGCCGAUGCCGGCAGCAUCUUGCAUGAAAUGGCAAUAUAUUGUGCUUGCUGCUGCGAGAACUGGACUCGUUUUCUUGCACCCCGACUCCAGCGGCAUUCUGACGCCUUUGUACUCGACUCAGCCGCUGUGUAACAUUGUAAGUACAGACCCACCUUUGAUCCUCGAGCCUAGAUGCCACAUUGCUUUGUGCCCAAAGCGCCAGAAACUUGUCAAAGCCACGUGUGGCCUCGUAGCCUGUUUUCCGAAGUGUUCUUCGGGACACACAGAAAUUUGUGAAACUAGGCAGCAUUUAAAACGUCUUCUCCGGCACAAGUGGAAGCGCUCCUGUCACCGAGAUCUCGCCACUACGUUUGGGUGUCGUGGUGUGUUGUUUGGGACUGUCACGUUUAAGGGAGUCCACGGGUCGUGUGUGGGGCUAGUUAGUUUCGGAUUGCCACACGAAAACCAACACACGGGCGGCACCAACAACAAAAUUCGGCAACUGCAGAACAUAACAGAAUACAGAAGGAAAUCAAGCUCAUGGCUGCUCAGCUUUAUGUAG